AUGUCGAAUGUCACGGAGAGAAUUUCUCUUCAAGAUGGGCCGUUUCUCAUCAAACUUGCGGAUGAUAUCGCGGAGGAACAAUUGAGCGAAAAUGCAUCUUUACGGACAAUUUUACAGUGGUAUGAGCGACAUAUUUACAGAAAUUUAUACCUUCCACUCUUUCAAAAUGAAACGGACACAACAAUAAAAUGCUCUCAUGCAGAUGCGUUAUUAGCAGCUAUUGAACUUCUAUACAAUGUUGAUCAACCAAAUACGAAUGUAUACCUAUCACAAACAGCGAACUUAUUUCCUUUGAAAAAUUAUACUUUGAAUCAGCAGACUCUUUUGUUAACUUAUGAAUCGUGGUCGCAUACACUUCGAGAUCUUUCGACUUACUCUUCGUACGCUAUCGACGGUUGCCAUUUACGUCUUUUGUUUAUUACAUACCAACUACUUAAAACUAUCUCGUUUAUACAUCAAUGUGGUCUCAGUUGUGGUCCCAUUCAAUUAACAGAUAUUCAUAUUAACGAACGCUAUUGGAUACAGCUAAAACCUCGUUUUCACUCUUGUUUAGCAACGAUUGAUUUCGCUUCUGGAAGUGGAACAAAUCAUCUCGAGGAAGAUCAUCAUGGUUAUCCAUCAUCAAAGCCGACGUCACGAACGAAUAGUAUGUCACAUCCAUCAACCUCGAAACAAAAGCCUCAUGCAUCUAGUCAUCAUGACGAACCAUCAGUAGUAACAACAUGGACGACCACAUCUGUAUCCCCAUCAACAACAGCAAGUGCGAUAUCUCAUUCACCUGUUUAUCAUGUCGAACAUCGUUAUGAAACUUAUUGCCGAACACAUAUUGAUAUUGUUGAAUUGAUCAAACAAUGGCAACUUGGUCAUGUAUCGAACUUUGAUUAUCUACUGAUAUUGAAUGCACUAGCAGGAAGAAAAUUUCAUGAUCCUAAUCACCAUCUAAUAUUUCCUUGGAUCAACGAUUUUACGAGUGCAACAUGUAAUCUUCGAGAUUUAUCACAAUCCAAAUAUCGAUUGAAUAAAGGUGACGCUCAACUUGAUUUAACUUAUAAUUACUAUUCGACAUCAAUAUCAACCGCAACAAAUAUUGUACCACAUCAUUUAAGUGAACACCUUUCAUCUAUUACAUAUUAUGUUUACAAAUCACGACGAACAGAAAAACGUGUUUUAUGUGAAAAUGUUCGUUCGAUUUGGGUACCAAAUGAAUAUCCAUCAUCCAUUGGACGAUUGUAUUUUUGGACCCCUGAAGAGUGUAUACCGGAAUUCUUCUAUGAUUCUUCGUUGUUUCAAUCAAUUCAUGAAGAUUUGCCGGAUUUACUGGUGCCUGACUGGUGUUCAAGUCCAGAGGAAUUCGUUGAAAAACAUCGGCAAUUAUUAGAAAGUCGUGAAAUAUCAGAAAAUCUUCACCUUUGGAUCGAUUUAAUCUUUGGUCACAAAUUAACUGGUGAAAGUGCAGUUGGAGCGAAAAACGUUUGUCUGCCAUUAGUUGACCAUCACGAAGAUUUACGUAGUGGUGGAAUUGUUCAACUAUUUCUCAAGCCUCAUCCGCCGCGUUUUCUUUCGUCGACUCGUCAAAUGACUGAUAAUUCUCCUUCGUCGCCAUCCACGCGUCAUGCGACAAUACUCGACGACGAACAAACCAGAAAAUUAAGAACACAAUCCAGUGGAAGCAGUAGUCGAUUGAGUGAAUCGAUCUCCUUAGCUAACGAAUUACACGAAACAUUUUCACAUUUGGAUGCAAUCGAACAACUGCUUAUGUUAACUUCGAUAUCUUUUAGCCGAUUACCAACUCCAAGUGUUAAUCAUCGAGCAGCGAAGUUUAAAUCGGCAUUUCUCAAUGCAUGUCAACGUGAUUUACAGUAUUUUGGCGUAUGUCUACUAGAAUUGAUUUUGCUUAGUAAACAGCAUUACGUAUCAGCCAAUUGCAAUGGUCCUCAACGUUUGACAGCUGCGAAACAAUUAUUAAACAACAACUGGCAUCUUAUACCUGUACCAUUUCGUGCUUGUUUGAAUUUAUUACUAUUAGAUUUAACUAAUGAUAGUGGAAGUAAUCUUCCUCAACAUAUAUCGCAUUGUGCGAUUAAUGCGACGUUUUUUCUGAAUCGUUGGACAACCACUCUUCCAUUUCCGUACUAUUUCGAAGAACUGUAUCGAUUUAUUCAUCAACUUGAACAAUACGACCAACAACUUCUCCUUACAACUAAUUCUAUCGAACAAAAGUUACUUCACGAUCGAAAAUUUCAACUCUUAUUAGCUCAAGUUCCGUCAUUACUCAUAUCAUUACACACUCAACAAGCUCACGAUUUGUUGAUGCCUUACGUUCUCGAUGCAUUUCGUCAUCCGAUCUAUGGAGUUCGCUGUAUUUAUUUUCUAUUCAAUCCCUUAGCCGUCGUUCUCGGUCCCGAGGACACUCGUCGACAUUUACUAACAUUAAUUCAGUCAACUUUGAAUCCAGAGCGAACGACGAUCUACCACUGGCGCUGCUUUACACGUCGAUUCAUCAUUCAAUUGGUUGCACGCUUUGGUUUAGCUAAAUUUCUGCAAUCGUUUCCGCUGUUACUCAUUGAAGCUUGUUCAAGUUUCAAAGAUGAAAUCAGUCUUAAAACGGAUGUCGACGACGAAAACAAUACGACUGCAAAUGAUGCCAUUAACGAAACAGACGAGAUCAGUAAUGAACAACCAGAUACAGCAAAUCCAUCCGAUUAUGAUACAACUUUUCUUGAUUCAAAUGAUGAACAACAAACUUUGAAUCUUUUAUCUGAUUCUGCUGCUGAAAGUAUUAUAUACUUACAGUUGAAAUUAGGUCCUGUGCUUGGAUGUAAAUACUUCGGUCGACAUUUACUUCGUAUGUUGGCGUUAUGUUAUGUCGAUGAUGAACAAUUGCAAUUGUUAUCAUCGGAGAAGAAUCCAUUCAAAAGUAUUCGUUCCGUGCGUGGAGAUUUGAAUGCAAAGAAAAUUAUCGAUUGUCUUUUGUCACUUAUUCAAAACUAUGGCGAACAAAUCAUUCUGCUUUUCUAUCUUCCACAUCUAAUUGAAGCAAUUCGAGCAGCCAAUCAUCGAUUGACCAUUCGAUCAGAAUCGGGAUUGCUUAGUUGUAUGGUGCUUUUAAAAUGUAUUCUUCCAUACAUGAGUGAUAGCACUUUAAUGGGACAUUUAGCAGAUCCGAUUAAAACUCAUGUUCUUCACCCAUGUCUUACAUUACUUUCAUCGACUACGAUCCAUUUUCCAUCAUUCGAACGAGCUCGUUCAGUAUGUGCUUAUCGAGUACUGGAUAUUCUAUUCUUGCUUUGCCUUCGGUUGGGUUACGAAGGGACACGUUUGUAUAUGAAUGAUUCGAUUCGAGUAUUCUUCGCGUGUUUUCAGUCGACCAGCGAACCGUCCGAGGAUAACAAUCGAUCUCGAAAUACUUCGUUCAGCGGUUUCUCAGUACAUCGUGCGAACUCGCCAGUAUCUCCAUAUGGUCCGAGUAGUCACGUGAAUAGCACUGAUGGUGAUGAAUACUGUCGUAUAACAAUCGAUAGUCUGACUAAUUCAUAUAAGAUUGGAUCACCUGUGAAGCCACGAAGUUUAACCGAAAGAGCACCACGAAGUAUCAGUCACAGUUUGCUAUCAACACCAUAUGUCGAAGAUGAUAGUUCAUCACCUUUGAAUAUGCAUACUCGCGAAGCUAUUCAACAAGAAAUAGACGCGACGUUUACUGGCGAAUUAGCAUGCACAGCCUUUGUACAAUUCUGUCGUUUAUGCGGAGAUCAACAUAUGAAUUCAUUAGUAACGAGAAACGAUACGAUCUAUGCUUGGAUUGCAGAAUUGACAUCGAAACCAGACGUAUUAUCUCAAAAUAGUACAGUUUCGGCGAAUGAUAUACUGACUUCGAUUCGUGAUAAGGACAUUCUAUGUCAACUUUCAGAUGAAAGUCGAUUUCUACGCAAAAAUUGGCUUUCAUAUUGGGAGUAUGAAGUUGGUCGAAGUGAAAAUGCAAUGUUGAGUUUCAAACAAAUACAUCUACAAUCAUUUUCUGGUCAUAACAAUGCAGUUCGAAGUUUAUGCGUAUUGGAUGAUGAAUCAACAUUCAUAAGUGGAGGUCGAGAUCAGAAAGUUUUAGUUUGGAAAGUCGAAAAUCAAAACGAUAACGCAACAAAAGUUGAAAGUCGAUGGUCCUAUACUGGACAUCGAAAAUCCGUUUUCGCCAUUUCUUUCUUAGAAAGUCUUCGACUAGCAGCAACGUGUGAUGGUUCAGUUCAUGUACUAGAUCCAUUCCGAGGUCAAGUUGUUUGCCGUUAUUCGCAACCAAAAGAAACAUUAGCUUUCACAGCCAUCGCGACCAUGCCAGCGCCAAGUACAAACAUUCUGGCAGCCACGAGUGACGGUAUUGUCAGAUUUCUCGAUGUUCGAACAAAAGCAUUUGCUUAUGAAUGGAAAACUACCUUAGCUACAGGCGGUGAGUAUGACUCGGUUUGCUUCAACUUAUCUACGAGUGUAUAUGCGUUAGGUCAAGUGAAGACACUAGCAAUAAGUCCGAAUGCCACGUCUGCUAUCAUUGGAUUUUCUACGGGUACAGUAUCAGUAUUUGAUGUGCGUUCCGGCGGCAUCUUAAGAACAUUAAAAGUACCAGAAGGCGAAGUUUUAAAAGCAAACUUCUAUAGCCGUAAUCGAUUUUUUACCAGUUCAGGUGAUGGUUCCAUAUUUCUCUGGAAUACAAAAGAGUCAAUUCAAGCAACUCCAACAUCACUCAAAUUACAUGUCGAUCCAGCUCCAUUCGUCUUAACAACUCGCAGUGGAGAAGUGAUCGUUGCUACACAGACGAAUAAAUUGUGUAUUUAUUCCAAUAUGAAAGGCGGAGCACAGAUGGAUUGUCAAAUAACGCGACUUCAGUCCGAAAAUGUCAAAGGCACAGUUUCAUCAAUGGCUUUAUUUCCUGAAAAUCGUCUUUUACUCUUCGGCACAGAAAAUGGCAAUAUUGAGUUACUAUGUUAG